CUCAGCGCUUCUCACCGCAGAGGAAAGGGGCAGCAUCGCCGCGGGUCUAGCGAGCAGCUGCACCCGUCCCGGUCCCGGUCCCGGUCCCGGCACACGGAGCUGCGCGGAGCUGCGCGGAGCGGUGCGGAGCGGUGCGGAGCCUCCACGCCCUCGCCGCGCCCCGCCCCGGCCCGCCCCGGCGCCCGGGCGGCCAAUGCGCGGCCGGGAGAGGCAGAGCCGGGGAAAACAUCAAACCCAACUUUCUCACCUUGAAGGGAAUCGAGCGCUCCCGAUGCUUCCCCUCCUGCCGCCCUCCCUGCCAGUCCGUCCUCAUCGGGAGGGCUCUCCGACGGCCUGGACUGCCCCUGCCAGCUGCCCCCUGCCCCCCGAGAAGGAGAGAGCCGAGUAGGGGGCACCACUGACAGCCGUCCGCCUUGGUUCCUGCUGGCUGGGGAGCCGGGCGGCGGGCAAAGGCGGUGCGGCGGGGCUCGAUGCGGCGGCCAUGGGGCGCGGGGCCCCCCUCGGACCGCGCCUGCUGCGGGCAGUGCUGCUGCUCGCCUUCUGCCGCCCCGCCGCUUGCGGCACCUGGAUGUGGCUGGGCAUCGCCGCCGCCGGCGGGCCGGAGAAGCCGGGCUGCGCCAGCCCACCGCUGAGCCGCCGGCAACAGGACCUGUGCAAGCAGAAGCCGGAGCUGGUGCCCGCCAUCCAGGAGGGAGCGCGGCUGGGGCUCCAGGAGUGCCGCAGCCAGUUCCGACACGAGCGCUGGGACUGCCGCCCACCGCCCGCAGCCCGCCGCGGACCCGCCGCCCCCGCCGCCACCUUCGGGCACCAGCUGAGCAGCGGCACGAAGGAGACCGCGUUCAUAUACGCAGUGACAUCAGCGGGCCUCGUGCAUUCGGUGACGCGAUCGUGCAGUGCAGGAAACGUGACUGAGUGCUCCUGCGACACGAACCUGCAGCACGGGGGCUCGGCCAGCGAGGGCUGGCACUGGGGAGGCUGCUCUGAUGAUAUCCACUAUGGAAUGGCCUUCAGCAGGAAGUUCCUGGAUGUGCCCACUAAGAACAUAACAGGCAAGAGUGGGAGUGGGCUGGUGGCGAUGAACCUCCACAACAACGAGGCUGGGAGACAGGCUGUAGCGAAGCUGAUGUCAGUGGACUGCCGUUGUCACGGUGUUUCUGGGUCCUGUGCUGUGAAAACCUGUUGGAAAACAAUGUCGUCCUUUGACAAGAUUGGCCGUUUUUUAAAGGAUAAGUAUGAAAACAGCAUACAGAUAUCAGACAGACUGAAAAAAAAGCUACGCAGGAAAGAGAAAAGCCAGCGAAAAAUACCAAUUGGGAAAGAGGACCUGCUGUAUGUGAACAAAUCACCAAAUUACUGUGUGGAAGACCAAAAACUGGGCAUCCCUGGGACUCAGGGAAGGGAAUGUAACCGCACCUCAGAGGGACCCGAUGGCUGCAACCUCCUCUGCUGUGGGCGUGGGUACAACACCCACGUUGUCCGGCAUGUGGAAAGGUGUGAGUGUAAGUUUGUCUGGUGCUGCUACGUGCGCUGCCGGAGGUGUGAGACCAUGACCGAUGUACACACCUGCAAAUAAGAUGAAUUACAGAAAACAAGGCCAAACCAUCCCGUGCUGUUUGGUACAUGCAACAGCAGCCCAGGCCGCAAUUGCUCUUAUUGUGUGGGAUUGCAGGGGGAUCAGCCUCAGGGGAAUAUGUAUUGCUGAAAAACGGGUAGUUCAAACAUUUGGCGUAUGAAAGAGCAACUGAGUGAACAGCAGCCUGCAUGCAGGGACAGCUAAAACAGCAAAAAAGGACUCCUGAUGACACAUUUGGACAAAUAACUCUGUGAGCAGGGACGGACACUAAACUUUCCAAGUCUGUAAUAGCCACAACAUUGUGAAGAUCCAUGUGUUUGGUAGGUACAAUGGAGAAAACUCAAGAUCUUGUUAGCCAUAGGCUGAAAAGUUAAGAGGGCGUGUAAGACACGUUAGAUAUAUUCCUUAUGUCUGUAUUUCUAAAGCUGGGACUAGAUGAAUCCACUAGGUUGUUCGUUUCUACAAACUUUAGGGGAAAAAAAAAAACCAAACCAAACAAAGAUGGGGAAAUUUUCUGCUGUUGAUCAUGAAGAAUUUGCUUUGCAACCCUUUGGAAAGCUGUCUUCUGUAUAGUAUGCAGAAAAGUGUCUGGUACUGAGAACCAAGCAUGACUGCAGAGAGCUGGGCACUGCAUGGGAGGAAGAGGAGGCUCCAUCGGCAUGGAGUGAGCUGUGUCCAGAGUAGAGGGGCUGGAGCACUGUUUGGUGAACAUGAACAAUGUACCAAAUGCCUUGGGAUUUUUUAUAGGUUGUCUUUCAAACGCACAAAGGACAGGUCUGAGGAGGGACAGAAAUACAGUUUGGUAUUUGAAGGAAAUAAAAUCAUUUGCAGGCAUUUCCUCAGCAUCUGAACACACAAUUUGCAAGUCAGCUUGUCGUCACCCCGCUGUUGGACUGCAUGUAAUAACCUGUCAUGUUCAACCAUCUAGCUGGUGGUUCACCAUCAUUUUCAUGAUUAACCAUAUGAGAUUCAGCCCAAAGAAAUCUGCCAUAAAGUGAAAGAUUUUUUAAAACAUUGCUUUCUCUCAUAGAAGCAGCAGCUAGAACUUUUCAUUAGCUUGCAACCUGCUUAAAUUCAAUGCACAAUGUAGUUUAUGGAUUGGCUCACACCACUAAAAUAUUUAAACUGUUAUUGAUAACAUUUUCUCCCCCUCCAUAUGUUGGCUCAAUUUUAGUUUACAUCUGUGAAAGGUUGUUUAUUUUUAUGCAAUGAUUUAAUGCCUAGCUUAAAAAGCAUCAUGUGAAAGGAUUUCUGUUGUUUAAAUGUGCAAAGACCUAUUUUUGAUAAGACAAGAAAGUUUAUAUUUUGUAAAUAUUUAAAUUAUGCAAGUUAUGUAAAAGGUCUCCAAAACUAAUGUGAUAAGAUUACAGCCUUUGACAUUUGUUAGUUAGGUAUUCAUUAUUAUUGUAGUAGCUUUUAAUUGAUUUUUAUUUGCAUGUGCAGGGGGAAAUUAGAGAAUUACAUAAAUGUCCUUUUUAUUACCAUCAGGGUGGUUUAUAACUCUUGCAGUUAAUACACACUAUGAUUUUCUAAAUGAAAAGUUAAUCAAUAUUCUGUAUACUUUUUUUUUAAUUAUUCUUUUAAAUCCAUUUAUCAAAGAGUGAGAUCCUGGCUGCAGUGGUAGGCACAGAAUCCCACUGACAUCAAGGGGACUUGCCAAAGUUGCAAUCCCUUCACUUGUUCCACACUAACACUCAGUUUUUAGAAAGAAAUGAUCUUAGACAGUUUGACUGAGGCUUUCAAAGUUACUUUGAGAAAUUAAUUUCCUAGUUGUCAAUUAUUUUCCAAUGAAAAGUGGUGACUAGAUUCUCUGUCACACUUUAUUGGAUGUGUAGGUCAGGAAAAUGCUAAUAAAAUCAUCUGUGUUGUGGUACUUCACUGCCUGAACAUCAGUUCAGCAACCAAGAAGUCCUUUAUCUCUGGUUGGUUUUGGACCUUCCCUCCACAUUUGGCCAGUUUUUCUCCAUUGGCCAGAUAAUUAUCCUGAGGCGAUAAAAUGUGCUGUCUGUGGGAAGGGUGCUCAGCAUGCCAGUCACUGUCACAGGAGGAUUCAAUACCCUCUUGAUGAAAACUUGGAUAGGGAGGACACAUCCUGAUGGAACACCCUGAAGAGAGGGUUGUGAGCCCCAGGUUGUUCCCAUCUUCUAGCAGUGGAAAUAAACCCACAGGCUCCACAGGCCCUGCCACAACACCUAUUGGCAGCAUGGAUGGGACAUGCUCCUGGUCACUGAUGAUGUGAUGGUGUUAUAGAGACCACCUCUCUCUGAAUCUGCCCUCGGUCAAGCUGCUGGCAGAGGUGAGCACCUUGGUGCCUGAAGUGAGGCUGCUUCUGGUGGUGCCUCCAAUUAAUUCAGUGUUGUGGUCACCACAGUUUUGUUGCACAGGGCUCCAGCAGGAAUCAGCCACUGGGAGUUCAGUGUGGAGACCAAGAUCUUCUCUUGAAGCAACCCCAAUCUGUGUCUCAAAACUACCUUAGAGUUUAUUGGACCCAAAGGUUCUUCUACACCUGAUCUGUAAAGUACGGAAAAUCACCAAUGCAUUUCUCAGUACAUUUUAACUUCUGGCAGCGUAGAAAAUGCGGGAAAAAUGGUCCCAGAGUCCUGGGCCUAAGGUGAGCUUCAGGGAUCUACCCAGGAGCAAAAUCUCAGUAGGUUGUUUCUGUGGGUUUGAAGGGGAAGGGCACUCCCGUCAGCAUUGCACUGAGACAUGGGCAGUCAUGGUGCAGCCAGUGCAGUCGGGGUGUCUCCUGCCUGCUUGGGUAGCCAGGAGGUGAGGCUACAGUACAUUUGAGAGGUCAUCUAGUUCCAAAAAAAUCUUUUUGUUCGUAAAUGUUGUUAAAAUUUUUUUCUGGUUUAUAGGGGUGGGGAAAGUAUGUUUUUUCGAAGAGUGGCAAAAGGCAACAAAGAGAAGUGGCAACACACAAGGUUUAUGAGAGCUACAGCGCUGAACAAGCAAGGUACCAGGGGUUUGAAGCUUCAAUGGCAGUGGUAGAACUCAUCUUGCCCCUGAGAUGCCAAAGAGAGCUAUUCCAUGGGAGACAGUGUCACCCGCUCUGUCCCGAGGUCAGAGCACUGAUGAGAGCAAGCGUGUGUGGUCUGAGGGGCUGCGGUCGCUCCCCCGCUGCACCAGCAUUGGGGGCUGGGAGGGGGGAGCAGAAAUGGAGCUGAGGGUGUCGUGGAAGCUGUGGCAUGAGCCCCUCUGUCUUUCACAGCUGAAACUGCUGUUUAGGUUAAGCUCCAUUGUAAUGUAUCUAUAAGUUACAUCCAUAAAACUUUUUCUGGAUAGGCAGCACCUGUAAAAGCAGUUCUGGAUGGGAUCAGGAUAUGAAUAUUGUUUUGUUGUAGCAUCAUGGCUAAAGAAUUAGUUGACAUUCAUUACAGUAAUUAUUCCACAAAACUGCCUUUAGCCCUUCCACACUCUGGAAAAGCUCUCGAGUGAGAGGGAGCGGGAGAACCAUCUGUAAGACAGCAUGUCUCCCUAGCUUUCAAAGAGGAGCCUACACAUGGCAUAUGUGGUUCAGCUACUUUUGUGGGCAUGUGGCACCAGAAUGUAUUUCAAUCACUCACUUUAAUAUGGUAGAAUUUUUUUUCCCCAGCGCUGGGACUGGAACAUCAAGGUUGUUGGCUUUGAAAUCAUCGCCUUGUGUAGCUUUGCAAUAAUAUAUCCUUUCUGGUUGAAAGUAGCUAUGUGUGUGCUUAUCUGAGCAAGGGCGAUUAAGGAAAAAAAAAUGGAAAGAAAUUCACAGUUUGAGUGGGGGAAAGGUUUUAUCUCAGUCCUGUCUGCUCACACUGCCCUUUUAUGCAUGGAACAGCUGUUCGUGAAAAGUAGCAAACCUAUGAAAAAUGCCACAAGUUCACUUUUUGAAGAAAGGAUAAUUGUAACUUAUUUUGAAUGUGAAAAUUAUGUACCCUAUUUUGAAAACAGAAAUGCUUGUGCGCUGUGUAUUUUAAGAGCAAAGUUGUGUUGUUGACUGAAGUGCUGACUUAGGCAGAGGAGUUACUGCAGAACACAGCUGGUCAUCAACUUCCCAGGCUGUGUGUGCGUUGGUAAGUGAAGAACAUGGUCUUGUCCUUGCCCAUUGGAGAUCCCUUGCCAAAGGAUGUGUGACAAAUGGAGAUUGUUUCCAUCGCUGUCAAAACGUCUCUGUGCUGGGCAGCACUUUUCAGUGAAUGACAAGUAUGUGAAAGGUACAUGCGAAGCAACCAGCGACAAUUAGCACUGGUCAUUCUGAGGAAAUGCUGUUAAAAGGAAACACAUGUUAGCUGAGGUUUCUGACAGAGCUGAGAUGCUGGAUUUCAUUGAAGGAUGAGGUCUCACAAGAUCGCAAAUUUGACUUGAGGGCAGUUCCUCAUAGAUCAAAACUGACAAGGCUAGGUCAUGUAAAGUGCUGAACAGGGAGCAACUCACUCUACUGACUGAAGUUUGUUAAAAACAUGUACAAGGAUCCUCCCACUGUGGCAGACAUCAUGCCAAACAAGGCACUGUUUGUCUAAGUCCUCUAAUGUAUUGUAGCUUUCACACAGGGUGGAAUAUCAGGGAACAUCAGAGUGGAAUAAAUGUUAUUAUUUGUUCUAGAUAACCUGCCAGAAAUGCUAAUUUUGAAUUAUUUCCUGACCGUAUUCCCAUCUGUCUUGCAGAGUUACCUGGAGUGUCCAGAUCCAGCAGUGACAGCAACAAUUAAUGUGGUACCAUAACUUUACAUCUUUCACUUCAGACAAGGGUUUGCAAUAGCAAUUUUUAGCAUUCUACACACACAAUUUUCACUGUCAAUGAAUCGGCACAGGCAGACAAUAGCUAACACUACAUAACUGAGAAACGAGGCUUCAGGCUUCACACCUGUAAGUCCAAUGAGCAUCACUAAGGAGGGCAGUAGUGGGAGUAUUCAGACUAUAAAUGGGUAACUGAGGAACAACUUUGCUCAAAGUCACUUGUAAAAACAGUGGCAGACUUAGGUCUGAAAAAAAAGAAAGAAAGAAUAGGCAGGUCUCCUUAUUACCAACAUAAUGCUUUAGCUAUGAGGUCACUGCAUUUGUUUCUCAGCCUGUGUAGCUUAUAAACCAUGGUUUGCCAUUUAGGACUGUACAGCAACUAUCCGAGUUGUGACUACUGGGCAAGUCCUGCUCCAGAACCCAGUACAGGUUUUCAAGGGCAGGUAAAAACAGUUGGCUAAAAUUGCAUUUCCUAAACCUCCUGUGGUUUGUAUUUCUGGAAGUCAAAUAUACUUCAUUUUUUUUUCCCCACACACAAAUGAUAAAUUCAUCCUGAAGAGAAUGGUGUCUGUGAAUACCACACUAAAUAAAUGCUGCAGACAAUUAAUGCUAAAA